CAAUUCCAUCUUAGAAAAAAUCAUAAAAUAUAGUGAAGAAGAUACAUUCCAUGUCUUCUGCCGGCGAAAACCUAAGCGAAACCGAAAUGGAGGAGGACAAGAAGAAGAAGGACGAGAGCGAAAUCGGAGAAAUCGAAGAAACAGCUAUGGCGAGCUCCGAUGGAUCGUCUCCGACUCCGAAUCGGAACCCUAGUUCGACUCCAAAGACCGUGAGGACGAAGGUCCCGGAGGUGGAGGUCCACCUCUUCCGGCGAGGCAAAGGCCCGAUCGAUGUCUUCAAGUCGAGCCUCGGCGGUUGGGACCAGGACCAGUUGGAGGUCCGGAAUAUCCUCGACAAGUACGGCCUCAAAUCGCUCUUCGCCUUCAAUCCUGCCUCCGGCCGCGGCGUUCCGAUUCGGUUCCAUCCGAGGAACGGAAGAUCGAUCUUGCCUUACAAAGAUGGAUCCGUGAUCUACGUCGAUGGAGAGCCCAAGGAUUCCUUGAUUAAACCAGUGACCAAGAUCUUGUUAGGGGUAGCAGUCAUGACCCUACUGAUAACUUUCGUUUUAAAGGAAACACCACAAUGGAUGCAGAAAUUAAACGUUUUUGGUGGAAACUUCCCUCCAUGGAUCCUUGCUUGUGUGGUUAUUGUUUUUACUCGCAUGAGGAAGAGAACAAAAGACUUGCUACAAAAGCAUGGUUGGUGAACGGAGACCACUUAGAUUCUUUAGCAUGGAGUAGAGUUUCUCCUAGUGUUUACAAGUUCUCUUGAUACAUUUAUUUUGCGGUCAUCUUACAGCUUGUCUAAGUUGAGUGUGUGAAACAUUUAUAAUUAUACGAUCCUCUUUAUAAUUUUCUUGCCUGACGGUAAUUUUUUCGCUGUCAUUAUAAAUCUGCAAGAAGUUGAGCAACGCUCUCAUAUAAUAUAACUGCAGUUUCUUUUUCUUAUUUCCUUUAUU